AUGGAAGAGCACGAGGAGAGGGAAUCGAUACAUGAACGGUCGUCGACGCCCGGCCGCAAAUCGUCCAAGUCGGGACGCAGCUUAUCGGACCCGCCGACGCAUUCCACCCUUCAGCCCUCGCCCACGAUCAAAGAACGCACCCGCGACGAUGCGUCGCCCAGUACGCCCCGUCCUCGUCCUUCACCUCGUCGGCCGGACUUCCUGUCGCGAGGUCUGACCUUGCAACUGCCGCCCCCGCGAGUCACUCCCACCGAAGCCUCUGCGCCUGCCACACUGUCUCCCUUUGCUCCACCGCUCUCGCCGAGACUGGAUGCACACAACACCUACAUGCAACAACCAUCCCACUCCGCUCAACCCUCGUUGCCGCAUUCGCCGGCAACCAGUCUGCCAAGGCAUUCACGAGGAUUGGAUUUCUCCCGGGCCUGUACCACUCUCCAUCAUUCCACUCUUGCCGAGAGCGAUCCCGAUUCCUCGCCCGUCAUUACGCAGCGAGGUGUCAACAUCCCCGGGCGUAAAAUGUCAGUGGGAAGCAUGGCUCUCGACUCGCCACAUGCCAUGGGCCCAGGCAGCUAUCCAUGGACACAACUACCGCCACACGAGAAGAGCACGAUGAGCAGUUCGGUGGGGAGCGUGAACAUGGUCGGGUCAGAAAGUGAAAGCUCCGAUAGUGACGAAGAUGCGAGCAUGGGAGGAGACGACGCGGAGGAUCCCAUCUACGCAACACCCCAAGUACACAAGCUGCAGAAUCCCAAUGCACCAACACCUUUCAAUCCACCUACAACGCCUGCGCCCAACACAGGGUGGGGCAACGGCAAUCACUUGUCUCCAGCUCAAGCGUCGCUCAUGAGAACCAUCAAGCGAACGAGAUUACAUAAGAACGGACGGAGAAGCAGAAAGAGCUCGAGCAGUGCAAGUGGAAGCGGUUACAGUUCCAUGGCAUCUCCACGAACAACAUCGCCUCCGCCAUUAAGGAGCAUUGAGUCUGCAGCGAACAGCGGGUACUUCACAUUGGCAAACGCGGCACGCAGCAGGAGAGAAAGUCUGGCCAUGGGUACAGAUGGAGUGAACUUGUCGAGUGGGGACCACAGUGGAGACGAGGCUACAUUCACCGCACCUUCGACUCCAGGCGUGGUCCGGCGGCCUGUCACUCGACGCGGUAAUCUACUGCCUAAGACCAAGGGCUUUGCCCGCAUCCGCGCUGCUUUGCUCGAAGAAGCAGCUCCGGUGGAUACGGAGGUACGGCAGGAGGCCGAGACCAUACGCCAAGUGAGGGAACGCGAUGGAAGCGUGAUCGGAGAUCUCGAGCUUCCCUUCGAGCGCCCUCAGACUGGCACAGCAGCCUCUUCGCCCAAUCUUCUCCCUGCCGUGCCGGAAUCUGCACAAGAGGGCUUCGGUAGAGACUUGGACGGCGACAAAGGUCUCGGUUUCAACUUUGCCGCCCACGUGAGCCGCAACAGCGGAGGACUCGACUACUGGAACAGGUUCGAACCAUCCAUGCGUACUCCGCCUCCUGGCUUCAACCGACAGAGUAGCAGUGUCAUGUCGGACAUCAACAUGGAAUCGCCUGAUUUCACGCAGUGGAGACGGCCGCGUGCCAGGUCUUCAGCUUCCGAUGCAUCUGAAGCAUUCCAGCCGAAUGCCAAUGGAGCUGGUAAUAGCGUUCCAGCAGGCAUGAGUGAUGAUAUGCAUCUUCAGAAGUUCAAGAAGCGACAGCGAGAGGACGACUUUGACAUUGCAACAAUCAAGAGACGCGCCGUGUCGCCUGGAAUGAGUGCGCAAAACAGUCCUGUCCUUACAAAUUCGCCGUCUGCUCGCGAAAUUAACGGAGCCUGGGGUCAACCCCCUGAUCGCAGGGACAAGAAGGAUACGCCACCAGUUGGCGAGGCCUCUGUGUCAAGCUCGCAUCAGGUACGUGCUGGAAGUGGAGGGAGCUCAGCUGGUCUGCCUUCCGGAGGCAAUCUUGUCAGUCAAGGCAAAAAGUUGGGUCUGCAGCCAAUGGCUGAUACGAAUGACGGCCUCAUGAAAAUGAGCAUUGAGUGA